UCCAGCAUUUACGGCCUUCAGUUUUGGCAGUUUCGUUUUUCUGACGACAAGAUUUCACGCUCAAUCUAGCUAAAUGCUUGGUGUAGUUGUAGUACAACUUAAUUUGGUCGAUCGUAAGAAAUAAUUUUUACGCUCCGCUCAAUCUUACUAUUUUCUUCGUGUAGUUUGAGCUGAACUUAAUUUGCUCAUCGUAAAACUUUUGCGUUUUAAAAUGAAGCUGACAAGUUGAAACUGCUUCGAUUAUUAAAACCACGAGUAUUAUCUGGUAUUCUCUUGUAUUCGACUGAUCUAAAAACUAUAUAAUUAAGACUGAAAAUUCAAACGAAGACUUUAAGUCAUGAGCUUCGAAGCUUUUCUUUUGAAAAUGGGUGGCUUUGGAAAGUUCCAAACAACAAGAUUACUCAUUUUUCAACUGAUUAUAUUUUCUAUUCCUUGUAGCUAUCUUACCUCAAUUUUUUCUCUGCAACCAGUGGAUUACCAAUGCAAAUCUGGAACAUCUGAAACGGGGCUGAGAGAAAACACAAACAGUUCGGAUCUCGGAAGACAAUUAUCCGCUGAGUCAGAUCUGGACUCUUGUUUAAUGUACGAUCCAGAUUUUAAACCAAAAGCGAUGGAAAAAGACGAAGAUAACGAAACAAAACCACCUAUUAUUGUGUGCGAAGAUUUCGAAGUGUUCCACAAUUACGAGCGUGAGCAAACUGCGACGGGGGAAUUUCAGAUAUUCUGCGGCAGAGACCACUACCGUCAAACUGGAAACGCUUUGAUGUUUAUCGGCAAAGCGACUGCAAUGGUAUUCGGGGGGUAUAUAGGAGACUUUUUGGGCAGGAAGCCGAGCUUCGUUAUAUUUCAGACGCUAACAGUUGCCAUUACAGCUUUGUCCGGAUUGACUCCAAAUCUUAUGUUAUUCCUAGUGGGUCGUUUCUUCACAGGACUGGUCGUUUCCUGUGCUUACAUUUACGCCUUCGCACUGAUGAGUGAAAUGAUGAAACCGAAUUAUUUCACUUGGGUCGCAUUUCUAUCCGAGGCAACCUUCGGACUUGGAAUGGUAGCUUUGAGUGGGUCGGCUUUUGCGAUUCCAAAUUGGAGGUAUUUACAGCUUGCGGUGGCAGUUGCACUCUUGAUUCCGACAGUGUUGCUGAUCGUAUUCGUGCCGGAAAGUCUCCGCUGGCUCAUCGCUAAAGGAAACUUUAAGCGAGCAGUUCAAGUCGCCUCCAGAAUGUCUGAAUCGAACGGGGUCAGCUUCGAUUCGAUAUUGGAAAAUGAACUCUACAAUUUGUGCCAUCAAAAUCAUGAUGAACUGAACGAAGAAAGCAAGAAGAAAAAGGUAAAGUCAGAAUUCAAGGUGGCAAAAAGCUUUGCCAUUGUCCAGAUUUUCAAAAAUCGAUCAUUGGCAAUCCAACUGAUCACGCUGGCAUUCUGUUGGUUGGUUAUAAGUGCAGUUUAUUACGGUAUAUCUCUCGGAGGAUCCAUGAUUCCUGGCGACCUCUAUCUCAACACUGCUCUGAUGGGGUUCUUCGAAGUCCCUGCGAUGAUUGUUGCCUCUUUGCUGUCUUACAAACUUGGGCGGAAAAAAGUGUUCACUGGAUCCCUAAUCUUUACAGGUAUAUGCUGCUCUUCCAUAGCAAUUACCUCGGCUUACAAAACCGAUCUGGGCUCUCGAAUUUUAGCUCUGGCAGGCAGAUUUGGAAUCACGAUUAGUUUCGCAGUUGUGUAUCUUUACACAGUCGAGAUCAUGCCGACGAGCGUUCGUGUCACGGGAAUGACAUUUUGCUCAUUCACUGCUCGUUUUGGAGCCAUUCUGUCUCCUUAUUCGGUUUUGCUAAGUGAAAAAAUAUGGGGUCCAAUUGCGUUUGUAAUUUUUGGAUCAGUAGCGCUUAUUGCUGGGCUACUGGCGCUAACUUUGCCAGAAACGCACAAUAAACCUUUACUAGAUUCAGUCGAGGAUGGCAAAAACACAAAAAUUAAACGUCAGAAAACGGCAUUGCAUGAGCCAAAACUAAAAGGCAUGAGUCAUGAAACAGACAAGGCAAACAAAAGCGAAAGCAUCAUUUGAAUGCUUCAAACUUCCACCCAAGUCCCAGAAAGGAGAGAAAGAACAUUUUUGAUUCAACUACAAUCGAAAGGCACAACUGCCAGCGUUACUUUACGCGCAUAUUAGUAUAUUAGUAAUCUAGACGCGCUAAGUAUUCCAAUGUAUUUGUAAAUUUUGCUUUUCAUAGUUCUUUAAAAUUUACUAAGUUAAAUG